AUGUCAGGAAGAGGUUCUAAGGUGAUACCGAUAAAGAACCAGAGCGCAGUCGUGCUGGAGGAUGGGACAAUUUAUAAGGUUCAGCAUAAAAGACAGAGGCGUGUAUUGAAUUGUAUGCCGUGUCACAAAAGGAAGGUAAAGUGUAGCCGGGAGAGACCAUCUUGUGACAACUGUUUGAGGAACAGUUUUGAGUGUGUAUAUUUCGUUAACGAUCGGGUUUCAAGGGGAGGGCAGCAUAAAGUGCCCAAAGAAAGCAAACAACAAUUGCUGAAGGUGAUCGAGAAGGCGAGAAAGGUUGUUGAGCAGGAGAAUUCUGAGAAUGCGGUGGUUAUGCAGGAGAAUUCUAGAAGUACGGCGGUUGUUGCAGAGGAAUCUGCAACCCAUCCAAACAAAUACGUAGUUGAUAGGAGCUUGGAUUCCACUAAUAAUGCAAGGGAAACGAAAAGAACUGUGAUUACACAGCCUGAAGAAGGGAACAGUGACAGUCAACAUCAGCUGUUAACCUCAAGCGGGAAGCAUAUUUCCGCUAACACUUUGUCUUUAGAAUUGCCACAGCCGCUAAUGACUUCAGGUGCUGAUAAUUUCCAGUUGCUACCGAGCAGGGAAAGAUGUCUGGAACUUUUGGACCACUAUAAGGUGUCUGUACACCCCAUAUUACCCUUGGUGGAGAUGGACCAAUUUGUUGUCGCGCACAUGGAAUUCUGGGAAUCCUGGGAUGGAACUCUCAACCAAAAAACACUCGACUUUUUGUUACUAUUAAUGCCCAUAGCAUAUGCAGGUGCGACGGCCAAAUACCAUGAAACUUACGAUCCUAAAUUAAUGGACGAGAUUAGGAACUAUCACAACGUAAUCCAAAAGCUUUAUACUUUAUAUGAAUUCCCAACCCGGUUUUCGUUAAGAAGCUUAAUUGGGAGUGUCCUUUUAAACUCAAUAAUUGAAAAUCCAAGUAUUACAACCGUGGCCCAAUUGUUCAGAUUAGCUCAAAAAAUCCAACUGACACUUGAUCCAGUCUCAUAUCAUGGGAUGACUGACCAAGCUUUGAUUCGCAGCCGUCGGAUACUGUUUUGGCAAAUAUUUUAUCUCGACACAAUAACCUCCUUGCACAACAAUUUACCACCUUUGAUUAAGCCUGGAGAAUUUGAUACUGUAUUAAUGACAGAAUUGGACCAUAAUGGCUUCAUGAACCCAAGUGUAUGUUUUAUUAACGCGAAGUACAGGUUUGUCGUCCUAAUAAAUGAAUUGUGUCAGGGGAACUUUAACAAUAUUCACACGCGGGGCGAACAUACAUCAUCCGGAAUCAAAGAGCGUAUUCUGGAACUGCAUGAUUGUUGUACUGGGAGUGCAUUAGUCUUGAACAAUCAUUUAAAAAGAUACAAGGCAGAGGAUCCUGUGACCGCUAGGUUUAUAGUUUGGGCUGUUUUCAUGCUGAACACCUUUGCUGAUAGAUCAUUGCUCUUGUUACACUUAAGCUUAAUUCGCAAGUCACUUCUAAUGAUAAGUAAAAGAAAGACUACACGUAGUACUAGCAAACCUGGGGGUGACCCCAUAAUCGAUAGCGGAUACGGUCAGAACCUCAAUAUGAUACAGUAUCUUCUGAACGACAACGGGUACCUAGAUUUUUCCCUUGACAAGACUUGGGUUUACAACUAUGAAGAUUUGAAAAACAAUUUGGUUCCCGCAUCGCUUCACUACUUGGAUGAAUUCAUCAAGUACCAAGCAGAAAGCACACAUGCCACUUUCAACUGGGAGCUACUUGUAGGCGAUAUGCCUAUUAAUGCGAUAACAUUUGCUCUAAAUUCACUGGCUUUAGAUAUAAGCCGUGUGCACAAAAUGGGCAGUUAUUUUCAAUUGCUAACUGACCUAAGGUUCAUGCUGCUCUCAAAAGCGAUUCCAUUAGUAGAAUCCAAGAUGAACGCUACCACAGAAAUCUGUAAACACUGUUUCAAAUUGAUAAAGCUACUUUUUCAAUUAAUUCAGAUUAAAUAUGGAAACUCUGAAAGCCAUGCGGGUAAAAAGUUAUUCUUUAACAAGUACGAAAUCCCGCCGAUGCUUACUUCGAACACAGAGACACCGAUGGUGCCUCAACCAAGUUUAGGUGUAUGGGCCAACUCCACUACCUCCUCCUCCAGCAAACAAGCGAAGGUACACCCCACAUCCACGGCGCACGCAGAACCCGCAUCCACGGAAUCCCAGCAAUUUGAGCAACAGAGCCCGGGUUCCGUCAACACCGUGCCAUUAAGCGAGGAGAGAGGAACCGCUGCUACUAGCUCAAUGAGAGCUGAAGCUCUAUUCGAUGACGCUUUUUUAUUUUCCGGCCACUCCCCCCACAAUGCAGACCAAACGCACAGCUAUGGCUCUUCUUCUUCCCACCUUGCCUCGAAAACUAUAAAAGCACUAUCAGAAGGUCUCUACGACGGGGACGAAGCCGAGCCUUGGGGAGAACUACUAAGCUCUCUUAAUCCAGAACCCUCCAUUGUUAACAAAUUCGACGAAUCCCAAGAAAUUUCAAAAAUAUACGCCGAGGUCCAAAAAUACAUUUUGUCGUUGAGCGACAAUGAUUGUGACGUUGUGCAUGUUGCCUCUAGCGACGGAUACUAUCACGAGUUCGAAAAUGCCCUGUUAGAGAUCCUCUGCGACAUUUUAACUGGCCAUUCCUGA